AUGGCGCCUAAUACUAAUAAUCCUCCUAAUAAGCCUCCUCCAAAGUCAAAAGCGAAUAAUACUACUAAUAAUAAUAACGCUUUGUACAAACAAAAGAAAGGGAGAAUAGCCAAAGCCUUUCCGAAAUCGUACAAGAAUAAAGCGAAGAGUUACGAGUUUAUGAUGAUGCAUCGAGAACAACAACAACAACAACAACAAAGGAUGAACGAUACGGAUGACGAUAAAAACGAUGAUGAAGACGUCGCAAAAGAACAAGAUUUGAUGAUGAAAACGAGCGACGACGAGAAAAAGAAGAAGGACGAUGAUGAUGAUGAAAAUGACGAGAAACAUUACGUCUUGGAUUUAGGAGAGAUGCAAAGACGCCUCGCGAGCGAAAGGAAUACGACGAAUACGAGAAGAAGUAAUAAUACUAAUAAUACUAAUAAAAGAGUAGGCUACCAAUCCGCGAAAGGAAAACGAGGCGGCGGGAGAACAAUAAACCAGAACGCAAACUUGGCGGAUUUAGAUUUAGCGGACGAGGAGACGGUGCGCAACGCGUUGUCUUCCUUGCCGGUGUCGCAUUACGAGGAGAGAAAGAGGAAAGCGGAGAGUUUGGAAAUGAGGUACCCGGAAUGGUUUAGGUAUUUGACGCACGAUUUUUCGGUUUUAUUAUAUGGGUUCGGGUCGAAGAAGCAAGUUUUAGAGGAUUUCGCGAGGAGGUAUCUUCUGGACGGGGCGGUGGUGGUUGUCAACGGGUAUCAGCAAAGAGUCUCGGCGCUGGCGAUUUUGAACCAGUGCGCGUUUGCGUUGUCGGACGAAUCCGAGAAUUUGAUGCAUCAUUCUUCCAAUAAUAAUAACGGUGGGAGUAGUAAUAAUGGUUUCGCUGAUGUCGCGAAUAACGCGCAGGCUUUAUUGAGACGAAUUGCAGAGUUGACGACGGAUCAUUCCGGAGGAGGAGGAGAAAAAACAAACGAAAACGGCGAUGCGAUGAUGAUGCAUAACAUCACGAACAACACAACGACGACGACGACAACCGGAGGAACGGCGGCGACAAAGAACACGAGAGGUAGCAGACGAGACGGAGGCAAUGGUAAUAACUCCGCUGCUGCUCUCGCGUCGUUGCGUGAUGCGAACGUCAACGCGUCGUACGAAAGAGACAAAAAUCAUUACCAAUCGACGGCGUCUUUCAACGACGGCGGCUCCGCGUCUCGGUUGUAUCUCGUCGUGCAUAACAUCGACGGCGUUGCUAUGCGCAACGCGGAAACGCAAUCGAUUUUAGGCGAGCUGUCUUCGUUCCCUCGAGUGCACUUAAUCGCCUCGGUCGAUCACGUCAACGCUCCUUUGUUAUGGUCCAAACGAGAAGCCGCAAAGUUCAACUGGAUUUACCAAAAAGCAGUCACCUUCGCGCCGUACGCCAAGGAAACCGCCAACGAUCCGCAACUCUUGGCGAGCAAAGGUGAGGAACGACACGUCCGAGGUGCCGCGAACGUUCUAAAAUCCUUAACGAGGAACGCGCGAAUCAUCUACCGCAUCAUCGCCGAAGCUCAAAUCUCAGAAAACGGUCAAGGACUCACCUUCCCGCAACUCUUCCAACUUUCGCGAGAGAGUUUCCUCGUCACCGCCGAGCUCGCCUUGCGCGGCGUCCUCACCGAGUUCACCGAUCACGAGUUGAUCAAGAUUAAGAAAGUUUCCGACAACGAGGAUUUAAUCACCGUCCCGCUGGACAACAACGCGUUAGAGCAGCUCGUCGAAGACGAGUGCGAGGAGAUUCACAAUUUCUUUUAG